UGGAGUUCUUCUGUAUAUUAUUCGCUUCGGGCCGGCCCUGUCUAUCUAUUAAUAAAGGAUAGCUUUCCGCCUCAUUGUCGCUCAUACAGAUCUGUUUGUGAAUUUGUUUGCUCCUCAUUUCACUAGCAAUCGCUUCAGUCUUCACAAUGGCCGCUCCUCCGAUCCAGAACGGUCUCUUCCAGCAUAACAACACCACUGCUCCCAAUGGCAGCAGUGUGUUCUCUCUCUUCUCACUUAAGGGAAAGACGGCCAUUAUCACCGGUGCGGGCGCUGGUAUUGGUCUGCAGGUCGCCGACGCUCUCGCAGAGGCCGGUGCCAAUGUCGCUCUCUGGUAUAGCAGCAACACCAAGACCCCUGAGCGUGCUGCGGAGAUUGCUAAGAAGUACGGUGUCACUGCCAAGGCCUACCAGGUCAACGUCAGGGACAUCAAGUCCGUCGAGCAGGCCGUUAACCUCUCCGUUAAGGAGCUGAACGGUCGUCUCGACGUCUUCAUUGCCAACGCUGGUAUCCCGUGGACCAAGGGUCCCAUGGUUGACGGUCCCCACGAGCACUACCACGACGUUAUCAACACCGACCUUGAUAGCACUUUCUACUGCGCCAAGUAUGCUGCUGCUCACUGGAGACGCCAGAAGGAGGAGGGUACCGACCUGAACGGCAACAAGCUGGAGAACUUCACCUACGGCAGCUUCGUUGCAACUGCCUCCAUGAGCGGUCACAUCGUCAACAUCCCUCAGCUACAGGCUGCCUACAACGCCGCCAAGGCCGGUGUUAUCCACCUCUGCAAGUCUCUGGCCGUUGAGUGGGUGAGGUUUGCCCGUGCCAACACCGUCUCUCCUGGCUACAUGGCCACCGAGAUUUCCAACUUUGUGCCCCAGGAGACCAAGAACAUCUGGAAGGACAAGAUCCCCAUGGGUCGUGAGGGCGAGGCCCACGAGCUCAAAGGCGCCUACCUGUACCUUGCCUCGGAUGCUUCCAGUUACACCACCGGUGCCGACAUUAUCGUCGACGGCGGUUACUGCCUGCCUUAAAAGGCUCGUUUAUUCU